CUGGGUUGGCGUUGGAGUCUUCGCGGAUUCCUGACUGACUGAUCUGUGGAGCGACCAUGGCGCCUGGCGGGGCCCGCGGGCCGACGCCGUGCUGGGGGCUGCCCGUCGGCAGCGCCGCGCUGCUCCUGCUGCUCAUCCCGGCGGCCGCCACGCAGGAGCCGCCCGCAGCGGGUUGUUCUCAGAACACAAACAGAACCUGUGAGGAGUGCCUGAAGAACGUCUCGUGUCUCUGGUGUAACAGUAACAAGGCAUGUUUGGACUACCCAGUUACAAAAAUCUUGCCACCUGGUUCUCUUUGUAAAUUGAGUUCUGCACGCUGGGGCGUUUGCUGGGUGAACUUUGAGGCAUUGAUUAUCACCAUGUCAGUGGUGGGGGCAGCUAUUCUCCUGGGUGUUGCCGUCUGCUGCUGCUGCUGCUGCUGCCGGAGGAAAAGGAGUCGGAAACUGGACAAGAGUGACGAGAAGGCAGUGAGAGAGCGGGAAGAGCGGCGGAUGCGGCAGGAGGAGAGGCGAGCUGAGAUGAAAUCAAGACAUGAUGAAAUCAGAAAAAAAUAUGGUUUGUUUAAAGAAGAAAACCCAUAUGCUAGAUUUGAAAACAACUGACACACUCCAGAGCAAUCCAGAGCUGCGUGUGGUAUGCACCCUUAGCAUCAUCCAGCAGGGAGGCUCUAUCCUUGCCCAUCUCCUGACCUUGACACCGACCUUGACACUGUGCACCUGCCAGUCCCUUACAACUGGCUGCUUGGGGAGGUGCCUUGAAAGGACAAUCCGUCUCUUGUCCCUGAAAACUUAUGACCUUCUGUUCUGUUUCCUGUUAUCUCUGUUUCUGUAGUCACUUGGGACAGCAAACCUUUGGGGGGUUUGUUUUUGUUCUUCUGAGGAGGAAAUGUACCUAUUCAAUUACUUUCCUUGAUUUAUAAGCUCAUCACAAACUAAGCAGCCUAACAGCACUAACUCACUGCUGCUGUUCAUUCUGUCGGGCAGCAGAACUCUUGAGUUCCUUUCUGCCCACUAACAAGCUUCACACUCGGAGAAGCGUCACACAGUAACAAGUCAAAGUCAUUCUUCUUUUGUUGUGGGGAGAAUUCACCAGUCUCUCAUCAUUUCCACAUAAAACCAGGAACAGCAUCUCUGUACUGUGUGUGUACGGCCUGGUGUGCCCAUCCCGUCUGAAUCUACACCUGUGUUGACUCAGGUGGCUUUUGCUGAUGAGGUGGGGUUCCAGCACAUUUGGGGUUCUAGUAGGGACCCACCUCCUAACCUCAACUGUGUGGAAUAGCAUCAAAGAAUAUGUAAAAUCACCCUAAUUCUUUUAAAUGAUUAAAUGAUUCCUCUCCCCCGACCCCCAGUUAAAAGAUUUCACAAAAAAAAACUUUCAUGUAAGUUAUUGGACAACUUUUAAAAAUUGUAUCUUUAACAGACCAUGAAAAUCUUUUUCCCAGUAGAAACUUGAAUUAUAAAUGUGGUUUUCAGCCCUGUCUCUGAGGGCUGCUGUGAGACCAAUUGCAGGAGGAGAGUGACACUGCUCUCUGUCCAGCCUGGGUGACACCCUCAGGGUCUGGCACAAGUUGCAGAUCCCCAUACCCGCCCAUCAGGCUUUCUGGAAUCACCAGUGCUGGAGUUCUACCCAAGGAGAGGGCAGGGGCUAGCCCACUAAUGAGCCCUUCUAGGGAGGGCCAUGCACCGUGGAUGCAGCAUGCCCAGGGUCAGCAAGGGCUCCGCACCCAGCACCCAGCAGGCGCUGGGAAGUAUCCUGCCCUGAGAGAUCACUCUGCUACCAGUGCUCCCCCUUCCGAGUCAGCCUCUCUGAGAGCUCCCUGACAGUGCUCUGAGUGCCUGCGGGGGUGAGCCUGUCAUGUAAUGCGUUUCCUUAAAAUCAAGUGUGUGACUUCAGUAAAUGCACCAAGCACUUCAUGGCAGGGAAAGCAAAACACAGUGACAUUCCUGUGUGGAAAGCUCUGCAUUUGUACCUAAAACAGAUUUGAGAAUGGUCCCAGUUGCCAGAUUGCUUUGAAUUUUUAAAAGUUUUGCUUUGGGAAAAUAGGUUGACAGCACCUAAAAUAAGUGAUGCAUUCCAUUUUCACACCCUUGACAACGCUGAGAGGGAACUAUCCUCAGCAGGAAUCAGGCUCAUAGACGGUCACUGUUGUGAUCCAGCAUCACACACUCCGAUGAGCCCUUUUAACUGUGACUGUGGCGUGAACUAACAGUUCAUCCUGAAAUUUUCACAAACUAAGAACGUAACUAACAUUCUUUAGUCUGACUUCUUGGGCAUUUGUAGUAACUUAAAGUAUUACAGAGAUUUUCUAAGUAUUUUAUAGCUGCCUUCAAAAUCUGAUUUUCUACUGUUUAUUCAUAAAAACUUUCUAGUAGACUCUAGUGAACUUUGUAUUCAUUCAGUCGUAUGUGUAGAAAACCACACUGCUCUUCUGAAUGUGGGCUGUUCUGUGCCUGGGAUUUCUCUGAUUUAGUACUAAGAGCAGCCACAAAGCUGUAAUCUCAAGGACACCAUAAAAUUGGAGUGCCUUAAUUUUUAACCAGUUUCCAAUAAAACCAUUUAAUGGGUGCUUUUGUUCACUGUG